AUGAGGCAGCACAAAUUUUGCAUAAAGAAUUUGAGUGGUAUUAAAAUUGAUUUUUGGGAGGUUUUGACAAGAGCAAAAGCAACUCUUUAUGUUUGCCUAGUUCUAUUGGAAGUUCUGUUGCUUGGGAUAACAGGGCAGUCUAUGAAAGGAGCUAUGAUAAAGGUAAAAAAUUACAGAAAAAGCAUACUAAAAUUUUUAUAUCAAGAAAAUAAUGAUGAAAUGCUUUAUAUGGAAUGAGCAAAUUAG